GGCGGGCCGGCGCGCGGGGCGGGACCAGGCUGGGGUGGGAACGUGGGGAGCUCGGGCAGCCGGCAAACAGACCGACUCAACCCGGACCAUGGCCUCCAAGUGCCCCAAGUGUGACAAGACCGUGUACUUCGCAGAGAAGGUGAGCUCCUUGGGCAAGGACUGGCAUAAAUUUUGUCUCAAGUGUGAACGUUGCAGCAAGACACUGACACCUGGAGGGCAUGCAGAGCACGAUGGGAAGCCGUUUUGCCACAAGCCCUGCUACGCCACGUUGUUUGGGCCUAAAGGUGUAAACAUUGGGGGUGCAGGCUCUUACAUAUAUGAGAAACCACAGGCAGAGGAGACUCCUGUCACCGGCCCUAUUGAGCACCCAGUACGAGUGGAGGAUCGGAAAGCCAGCGGCCCUCCCCGGGGGCCCAGCAAAGCUUCCAGUGUCACAACCUUCACUGGGGAGCCCAACAUGUGUCCUCGAUGUAACAAGAGGGUCUAUUUUGCGGAGAAGGUGACAUCCCUGGGGAAGGAUUGGCACCGGCCUUGCCUGCGCUGUGAGCGUUGUGGAAAGACACUGACACCUGGUGGACAUGCGGAGCAUGAUGGGCAACCAUAUUGCCAUAAACCUUGCUAUGGAAUUCUCUUUGGACCUAAAGGAGUGAACACUGGGGCAGUGGGGAGCUACAUCUAUGACAAAGACCCUGAAGUUAAGGACCAGCCCUAGGAGGUCCUGAGCCUUCUGCAUUAAUGCCUCACCUGCUAUUCCCAGUUCCUCUAGGGGAGUAAGCGCUCUCUACUCUCCAAUACUGCUUGCACAAGAAGCUUAGUUCUGAGGGGGUGGGAAUAAUUGGCUCAGCUUUAAUAUGAGUGUGAGGGGACAUUAUUUGAGCAUCCCCCAGAAUUGUUGAGAUCUGCCCGGAUAUCCCCUGAAUCCCUUCCUCCUUUGUCUCUUCCUCCUCCUCUUACUGUGCCUCUCUCUCCUUUUCAGUCUUUUUUCAAUUCACUUCCUCCUUACCCUGACCAUCUUUCCCUAGCUAUCUUUCUAAGCCCCUUCUCUUUCCUCUGCUCUCUCUCACUGACUUCCUUUCCCUUCAUCUCUAAGAGUCUGUGAGUCCUACUGUCUUAUCUCUCCUCUCACCCCCAACCUCCAGUACCCUGUACCCCAUGUUUAUUUAUGAAAGGAUAUGGGUCCUGCUUUGCUAACGACAAACCCCGUGUCCCAUUAUGUUAUUGAGCAGCCUGGGGCAGAGUGUCUCCUCUAGGAAGGCAUCUUUCUGCCCUAAUUCCCCCUUAAUGCACCACUGACCUUAUGCCACUUAAACUGUCACAUUUAACCAAACAAAGACACUAAGGCUGCUUUGAUUUUUGCUGUCAAUAAAGGUUUUGAGAAUCAAA